UAGCACCAACUUCCAAAGAAGUAUGAUAUAAUAGGUGUUUGGAUUACACUGUAGGUCGGCAGAUCGUUGCUCGGCUGAGAAAUCGUCAACUCGAUCUCACAAAAUGCAACCAACAACUCGUUCUCUGUUUGGCCCUUCCUUUUGCCGAGGAGACGAGUCUGAUUGGCCUUUAGGCCCCAUCGGCUAGGACAAUGAGCCGGAUAAUUUAAUACUUAGCUCCAAAUCUUGUCCGUAAGUUACGGAGGGCGACUGCUUUGAAGGUUCGGUCAAUCUAUCAUGUCCAACGAGCGAUGCGAGGCCCUAUCGACCCACAUUGUCCGGUUAACGAUUUUAAGUCGAUAUGACCCUAUGUCUGUUUGACUCUGGCUUCCAGAUCAACUGGUACUCUCUAUUUUGAUCCAUCGUUUUAUGGAGACCCAUCUUUGUCACCCCGCCAUAAUGUAUGUUUUGUGAGGGAACAAUUACAUGUAAAAUAGAAAGAGGUAAGUGCAUAAUCGGAAAUAAAUAAGUCCUUUUUGAGAAAUCAAAAACUGUGUUGCAUCCUUUGAGGAUUUCAAAUUUUCCGUGCGCCCUUUGGCAGCUCGCCGAAUGCUGAUAGAUACCCCCAUCGCCACUGAGUCAGCAGCGACCCUAGAGAUCUCACAUCAGUUGCUAUCCAGCAAUGAAGAUGAAGCCAGGACAACGAUCCAACUGAAGCUCAGCCAAACGUACUUCUACACCCACGUGAUCCUACCAAAGCCCAACUCAACCAUGAAGUAAAUAUGUCUAUCUGUCUAGAAUGAACGAUCUGCCGAUUUUUAACUUCAUACACAAUCUAAAAGCCUUUCUAUUACCUUGCUUGUUGACUGACAUCUUGCAGCUGCUACACAUGAUACGAACUUCAUGGAGCUAGCUAGUGUGGCCCCUGAGGCCUUGACAGAGAUGAAACGGCGAGACUGGUCCCUCGCAGCAACCAAAGCGGCUAGGACUUUAAGGCAGCGCACGCUUGGAGUCAAGUGCAGCUGACUCACUGUUCCAAUCAUUUUGAUGCCUCAUGACCUUCUAGCAUUAAUUGGGAGGUCCUCUCGAUCCAAAAAGAGGAGAUCGAAAAGGCAGACCUUGAUGGAUCAUGUGAUACUGCAAUCUGACUUUGCUUGAGAAAAAGUAGUAGAGCAGUAAAUGAGACAGAGGUCUCUGUGUUGUGAUAAGGUCGGCAUCAAGAAGGGUCCUUGGACUCCUGAAGAAGACAUCAUACUUGUCACCUACAUCAAAAAACAUGGCCCUGGGAAUUGGAGAUCAGUUCCUACCAACACUGGCUUGAUGAGAUGCAGCAAGAGUUGUAGGUUGAGAUGGACUAAUUACCUCAGACCGGGAAUCAAGCGAGGGAAUUUUACUCCACGUGAAGAAGGAUUGAUCAUUCAUCUUCAAUCAAUGCUUGGCAACAAGUGGGCAGCAAUAGCUUCAUACCUUCCUCAAAGAACAGACAACGACAUCAAGAACUACUGGAACACUCACCUGAAGAAAAAGGCCAAUCAAGCUAGGAAUCCUGGUGUCUCUGCUCUGCCCAUGACUAACCUCAGCUCCUCGGCUUAUGCUUCGAGCGCAGAGAACAUCUCGAUGCUUGGCUCGCGAAAAGCCAAUCCCUUGCCAGAUCAAGAUUACGAGUACCAGAGGAUCCAAGAAUUCACAACCUUUGGUCCAUUGAAAGAGCCAAGAAGCAUUGCAUUGCAGGGACAAACCUCCACUGCAGUCCCACUUUGUGAUGAUGGAAAGCAGCGAUCAGAGACUGAGAACAAUCAUCCUUUCACAGUGCUAGAGAAUUGGCUUCUUGAUGAGGCUGAAGAGCAGGUCGAUAUCGCGGGCCUAUCGACCGGUCUUUGCGUAGAUGGAGUGUACUGAUUGUUGCUAUCAUGGUUAGAUCAUCCAGCCAAUACUUGCUACUAAACCAUGCUCUAAGAUAAGCUUGUUUGGAUAGUUCUUGAUCGCUCAUGGAAUUUUACUAAAACUUUCUUGAUUCAAA